AUCAUAGUCUAUUCUUAGUAACACAUCACGAUCCGCAAGUGCGUUGGCGAUAUAAAACUCGCCAGGCAAUAGCUGUCACCUCCUAUCGUUCGGAUACCGGCCGGCGAGGCAAACCCUACGAACCACUAUGUCCCUUCCAAACCUUGAGGAGUUUAGUUCAAGUUCUGGGGAUGAAUUGCGAACAGAUCUGAAAUCAUUAAUACACCAACGCGGCGGGACAUACGACACGGAAGAAUUAUGGCGGAAACCACCGGAGUACGAGUCUACAGAAGAUGAUAAGCAGAGGUCAGAACAACGCAAGGAGAACAACAAAGUCGCCGCCAAGAAAAGUCGUCUCAAGAAGAAACAUCAGUUGGACGGUCUUGAAAAGCGAGCUGUGGAGCUGAAGUCCCAGCGGAUGCAGCUGCUGAGGGAGCGACAGCGGCUGAACCAGGAGCGGGAGAAGUUGAAGCAGCUCCUGCUCCAUCACGCGACCACGUGCCCCGGUGUCAGUGACUGUCUCAAAAGGAAAUUGGACAUUUAUCAAUAAACAUUAAACCUGAACACGCCAGAAAUCAUUUCAUGGAGAUCUUUGAGAAGGCAGCACCACCAGAUAGCAAGUGACACGUUCACGUGACUGUUCAUCCAUUUUACUGUAAAAAUACAGUAUCUUCUCUGUGAUAUGUAGAAGCCAAUAAAAUGGUUAACGAAA